AGCGGACCUCUUCAUCAUUCACUGGGAGUAAGGAAAGCAGCAGAGCAACAGCCAACAUGCCAGUUGACUUGAACGGAUAUUGGAAAAUGAUUUCCAAUGAUAACUUCGAGGAGUACCUCAAGGCUCUUGAUGUAAACGUUGCCAUCAGGAAAAUUGCCACUUUGUUGAAGCCUGACAAGGACAUCACCCAUGAGGGGGAUCACAUAAUCAUUAAAACCCUCAGCACCUUCAAAAACUACAACAUGGACUUCUAUGUGGGGAAAGAGUUUGAGGAGGAUCUGUCUGGAGUGGACGACAGGAAAUGCAUGACCACCAUCACCUGGGAGGGAGACAAGCUGGUGUGUGUGCAGAAAGGAGAGAUUGAAGGAAGAGGCUGGACCCACUGGGUGGAAGGUGAUGAGCUUCAUCUGGAGCUGAGAGCUGCAGGAGCUGUUUCCAAGCAGGUCUUCAAGAAGACUUAAGAUGGCCCUUACUGAACGACACAGCGCUCCCGGCUGACAUCGGCUCGACGACAGGCACAUCCCAUGCCUCAGAUGUACCAUCCCACUUCCCUUUGGUCUUUUCAUACAUCUCUCUAUAUGUCCAUCCACCCAUCUUUCCUGUUGUGCAUAUUAUUUUCACAAAACACACAUUUAUAUUUCAUUAAAACUGUUGCCUUACUUUGUCAAUCCAAAGGUCCGAGGCAGUGUGCACCAUGUAGUAUCACAACAUGCAAUACUGAAUAUCUGUCUCAGGGUCGGUGCUCUUUUAAGUAACAAGUUUAAAUGAGUUGGAGGCAUGCAUACGAAAUGCAACAGAAUGAGCAGUGGGAAAGUAAAGGCAGGUAGUAAAGAAAAGAGAGUAUCGUAUUUUAAUUUUCUUAAUGAUUGCUGUGGAUGGAAAUUUUUGAGGGCUGUAAACUUCCUUGGUACUGAUGCUUAGUGUCCAGACUGUAUAUCAGAUAUAAUGUGUGUAUUUAUCCCUCUCAGUUCCUUUGUGAAUGUGCCAGUGAUAGUGAAAUGAAUCAAUCAAUAAAGUA